UGCACCCCCGCGACCUUUCGCGGUAACUAUGUUGAAGACGCUCGUGAAGCGAGCGCUGAGGAAAGACUCUAGCGGGGAUGAACAAGGCACGAACAGACCUGCUGCAAUUAUCGUCAAGAACAAGAGCUCAAAGAAGAACAAGCAAAGCAGAGUCCUCGACACGGCCGUGUUCCACGCCAUCACAAAGGCGGUGGUGGAGCGCCGCAAGGUCAGCAGCACGGAGCUGUGCCAGACGUUCGAAAAGCUCGACGAACACGAGGUGGGUCUGCUCACCGAAGCCUCGUUCACCAAGGGGCUGGUCAAAAUUGGUAUCAAGCUGAAGCCGGACCAAGUUGAGUCGUUGGCCGACUGCUUUCGUCGCGAAGUCAAGCAGAAGAAGAACGCUCCAGACAUAGACUAUUAUGCGUUUGUGGACUUUGCCAUCCAAGAGCGCGACACCGACGUCUUGGUGGCCGUGGGUGACAAGCUCCGUCGUGCCAUCGCUUCGUUUGACAAGAAGGCGGACGAUCGGCAGCCGUGGAAUGCUAUGGACGAACUCCGGCGACUCGACAAGAAAGAGCGCGGUCGAAUCUCGCCGGACGCCUUUCGAACUUUUCUCGAGUCGAAUCGAUCGAUUGAGUUUGAGCUGUCGAUGAAACAAGUGUCGGCGGUCACUGAGCGCUUUGAGUUUGAAGACGACAAAGGAACGAGCGGUGUCGACUACGAGCAAUUCGCCACGUGGUUGCAGCCAUCGUUGCAUGUGGACGUCGCCCAGCUCCAUGUCCAUAUCAAGCGCUUGUUUGCCAAAGCCCAAGCCGAAUGCAAUCUGAGCCUCAAGACCAUCUUUGAAGAAAUUGACGACGACGACAGCGGCCACGUCACGGCCAGCGAACUCAAGGAAGCGUUGAGAAACUUGGGGCUGCCCAUCACAGACACGCAAAUCAAAUGUUUAGUCGACGAGUACGAUGUGAAUGGGGACGGCAAAAUUGACUACAGCGAGUUUACGUCGGCGUUUGCCGCCAAGCGCUCCACCUCAGGAAACGUCAAUGACAGCGACGACAACGACAACAGCAGCAACCAUGACAUGAACAAGAAAAAGAAGCAACCCAAACAACGCGACGACGCACGACGACCACUCAUUCCCGUGGCGACACAAACCGCGAUUGAAAAAGCAGUCGUGCGCAAAGAUGGCCAUCGACUCAGUGGGAAAGUGCUCUGUGCUGUAUUUGAACAGUCCGACACUCACGAACUGGGCCAUCUGGACGACGCGACGUUUGCCAAAUGUGUGGGGAAACUCGGUCUGAAACUCAAAUCGGCGCAAAUGAAACAAGUUGUCGAGUGUUUUCGCGUGCGGCCCAACCAAAAGUCCAAAACGAAGGAUGUGGUGGACUAUUACGGGUUUGUCGACUAUGCCAUCAACAUCCCAGACACGGACAAGUUGACGGCUAUUGGGGAUAAAAUGCGUCGAGCCAUCAGCCGCCAUGACAAGAACGCAAAACAUGACAACGAGCCCUUCAAUCUGGGCGGGGCGCUUCGGAAGUUGGACAAGAAGGAGCGCCAGUGGCUUUCGUCGGACGUGGUGCGGGGGUACUUGGAGUCGUCUCAUGGUUCUGUGGACUUUGAGCUGACGUCGAAGGAGGUAGCGCUCCUCGUGGGCCGUUUUGAGUUUGAGUUUGACUCAGCCAAAGCAUCCAACCUCGCGGUCGACUACGAGCAGCUCGCGACGUGGGUGCAGCCGGCGUUGAAUGUAAACGUCAAGCAGUUGCAUACACGAGUGAGUAUGCUGCUCCAGAAGGCCAAAAACGAGCACCAGUUGAGUCUCAAAAACGUGUUCGAUGCCAUCGACGACGACCGCAGCGGCAGCAUCAACCGAAGCGAGUUCAAGCAAGCGCUUCACGUGAUGGGCCUGCCGCUCACGGAAGCGCAGGCAUACUGCCUCGUGGACGAGUACGACACGAGCGGCGACGGACGCAUCCAGUACAGUGAAUUUGCCUCGGCGUUUGGAUCGAAAGCAACAUCGUCUUCGAAAGAUGAAAGUGAAGACGACAACACGAAAAAAGAUGCCCCCAAAACGAAGGCGACGAGGUUGGUGCCAGUGGCGGCGGAAGAAGCCAUUGCCACCGCGGUGCGGGGGAAGCGGAAGCUCAGUCCGGCCGACUUGUGCCAUGCCUUUGAAAAGUACGACAAAGGCGACCACGGGGGGGGGCUGAUCGACGAGGCCACAUUCACUAAAGUUGUGGGGAAAUCGCUCGGGAUUAAACUCAAGUCGGAGCACUUGAAAGUGCUCGUAGAGUGCUUUCGCAAGGGCAAAUCAUUCAAGUCGUCCAAGUCUAAGACCACCGCAGACAUUGAUUAUGUUGGAUUUGUGGAUUUUGCUACCAACAUCCCCGACACGGCCAAGGUGGCGGCUAUCGGCGACAAGAUGCGCCGGGCGAUUAAGCAGUACGAUGCGUCGUCCACCGAUCGACAGCCGUUCAACGUUCUCGAGGACUUGCAAUCACUUGACAAGCGCGACACUGGGCGAUUGAAACCGAAUGUGUUUCGCGAAUAUGUCGAGUCGAAUCCACGGAUCGAGUUUGGCUUGACAGAACAGGAAGCCACGAGGCUCACGGAGCGGUUCGAGUUUGAGUACGCCGACAAGAGUGCGGGGGUGGACUACGACCAAGUCGCCAAGUGGCUGCAGCCGUCAUUGCAUUACAACACGAACGAUCUGCACAAGCACGUGUCCAAAUUGUUUGCAAAAGCCAAGAAAGACGGUCACAUGUUGAGCUUGAAAGCCAUCUUCGAAGAUAUCGACGACGACGGGUCGGGACAUGUGACGCGCAUGGAGCUCGGCGACGCCCUCAGCGGCAUGGGGCUUCCCCUCACAUCCGGCCAAAUCAAAUGUCUUGUCGACGAGUACGAUUUGAACGGUGACGGGAAAAUCCAGUACGACGAGUUUGCCAAGGCGUUUUCCAAACCCGUCGAUGGCAGCGAUGGCAGCGGCGAUAGUAGUAGCGACGAAGCAACACGUCGGAAGCAAAAGAACCACCCGGUCAAGUCCCCCAGACCUAGCAAAUCCAAGCCAAAGACGACAAGGACGACUUUGUUAACCUCUGCGACCCUCGACGCGAUCGCCCACGCCGUUCGAGGCAAACGCAAGAUCAGCGCCACGGAACUGUGCGCUGUGUUUGAAAAGUACGACACGGACGAAUCGGGGCUACUGGACCCUCCGGAGUUCACCAAGUGCGUGGCAAAGAAGCUCGGGAUCAAACUCCAGAAAGACCAACUCAAUGCCGUCAUCGACUGCUUUCGAAAGGAUGGCCGGGUCGACUACUACGGAUUUGCCGACUUUGCCGUGAGCACGCCCGACUCAGACAAACUUUGCGCCGUGGGGGACAAGAUGCGCCUUGCAAUCGACACGUACAACAACCAGAAUUCAGACUCGAAGCAGCCGUUCAAUAUGAUGCACGAACUGCGCAAACUGGACAAGAACGAUCGAUGGCGGUUGAAGCCCCGUGUGUUUCGGGGGUAUUUGAAAUCGAACAAGACCGUGACGUUCAACCUGACUGACAAGGAAGUGGAGCUUGUGGCGUCGCAUUUCGAGUUUGAGUACGCCCACGACGACGACGUCGGGGUCGACUAUGAGCACUUUGCCAAAUGGGUCCAGCCGCAGCUACAUGUGAAUGUCGCCGACUUGCACAUGCAUGUCAAGGCACUGUUCCACAAGGCGAAAAAGCAAUGCAAUUUGAGUCUCAAGCAGAUUUUUGAAGACAUUGACGACGACGACAGCGGGUACAUAACACGCAACGAGUUCCAAACUGCCCUCCGCGGCCUGUCGCUCCCGUUGACAGACACACAAAUCCGGUGUUUAGUCGACGAGUACGACAUGAACGGCGACGAUCGCAUCGAGUAUGCCGAGUUUGCCCAAGCGUUUGCAGUCGCCCCAGACACUGACGAGUCCGAUGCAAAGUCGGAAACAAGUGGGGCGGAAACCGAAUCGUUUCGAAACCGGAUAGUCCGGAGGUGGGGCAAAGUGAAGAAACUGGCGGGGCGGCAACGCAGGAAGAACGAAGGAGUAGAUGACGACGAAGAUAAGGACGAGUCUGACCGUAAAACAGCCAAGAAGACACUGGCCACGAUUAAACAUCUGUUCAGUCCCAAAUCAGCCAAACCUUCCAAGAAACAACGGCAUGUGUCGAGCGAGUCGGAUAGCGACCCCCCCACAACGAAGUCAUCGAACAAAUCAAAGACAGGCGCCGUCGAGUCUAGUGACAGGGACAAGCCAAAGACACCAACAACUACAAAGACCCCCAAGAAGAAAGAACAUUCCAAGCCAGUCGAAACCACUAACCACAGCAGCGAUGACGAUGACGAUUAUUCGGAUUCACGCAAAAAGAAGCAAACUAGCAAGACGUCACGGUCCAGUCCAACGAAAUCAGCAAAGGGAGGCCAUGCUCAAAAGGCCAAGAAAGGGGGACAAUAUGCCACAAGUGACGACGACGAGGCAGUGUCGCCUUCCAAGACAUCACCGCGAAAAUUGAAUAAGCAAAAGGCGGCGUUGGCAGCAGAUGAAACCUCGGACACCCAUUCGUCGCCGCGAAAGAAGGCAAAGAAGACAAAGCACAAAAAGAAACCACAACGCCAAUCGGACGGUUCAGACGACUCAAGUCCUGUGCGAACAUCGUCGCCGUCCAAACGUAAUCACACAUCACGUCCCCACGAGCGUUCGUCUUCUACAAGUAGCGUACAGUCCUCGUCGCCUCGCAAAGCCUUUCAGCGAGGUAAACCGUCAAGGAAGAAAAAGCCAAGAGCGCCAGUCCAAUCGUCGGAUGACGGCGACGACGCGCCAUCGUCUGGCAUGAGUGUGUCGGACCUGCGCAAGUUCAAAGAUCGGGCAAGGUCGAAAUCAAAGCACAAGAGCCACAAACAUCGGAGGGAUUCCAGCACCGACUCGAACGCGUCGGACGCAGAGUACUUUGAGCACAUGAAGGCAGCGCUUCGCACGGCGUUUGACUUCUUCGACGUCGACUAUAGCAACUCGAUUGACAAGGACGAACUUGGGCACAUUCUACGAGCUGUGGGGGACGACGUGACGGUAGAUGAACUACACGAGAUCAUGCGGCAGGUCGACAUGGAUGCCAGCGGCCAGAUCGAUUUUGACGAGUUUUACCUCAUGAUGAAGACGCGGCUGCGCACCAAACAGUGGGCGUUCAACGCUCAAACUGAAAUGGACGUGAGCGCAAUUUUCGACCACAUGGACACGGACCACAACGGCGCAUUGGAUAUUGCCGAGUUCCAGCACGCAUUGCUGCAGCAGAUGAAGGUGCCACUGACACAGGACGAGUUCUACGCACUCCUUGACGAAGUGGACACCAACAACGACGGCACCAUCGACUUGCACGAGUUUACCUCGUUUAUGAAGGUGGUCCAAGAUGUGUCGACGGCGGGCUACCACAACGAUGCGACGCGGGGCAUUCCAAGAGCGGCGCUGUCGGCCAUGAAAAAAGUCGUUCGAAGGGCGCCAGUGGACCCUGAAUCGAGUCUGUUGAUGCUCCUGGGAGUCCCGACCAACUUUCGACCGUCCGUGACCUCGACCGCUGUCCGCAUGCGCAAGCACACGAUGGAAUACGUGCUGUCGUUUCCCCCGCCAGAGGUGAUUUACAACAUGGCUCAAGCGGGCAACUUGGUCACAGUCCCCGCCCAACCCCCCCAGGAGGCGUGGCUGGGGGUUGAGAAGUCCGAGGCGCAGCAUUGCCAGGCUAUUGUGUCGCUGAAGCAAGCCAAGGGGGUGCCGACACCGUACGACAAGCGGCAGCAGGACGUAGUCGGGCGGAAGGUCCGCGUGUGCUUUUUCGAUGUCGGCGACAUGUCUGGCACGGUGGCCGCGUCGAGCGCCCGCCCCAUGAGUGGCAACAUUGUCGGCAACAUCCACGAGAUCCCCGUGGCGUGGAACAAGGGCGAAGAAGACGUGUGGAACUUCUCCAAGUCGUCUACCAAGGCCGACGACUAUAAGUUCAUUAUGCGAACCAAUGCCCCCAAGGACGACUUGUACCUGUUUAUCGAGUUUAUUGUCGACUUGGUCAGCGAGUCGGCGUCUGAAAUGAAGCGAAGAGAACGAAAACAGACGAAAGAGGAGAUGCCCCCACCGUUGUCGGAUACUAGCAUUGAAAUGACCUGCUGCUGGGCCAAGGUUCCGCUGGUGAAUUUGCUAUCGACGACUGUGGACAUCAUUCGACUGGAAGAGCCUCUCUUCGGCGGCACUAUCCUAAACCCCGUCGAAUUGGACGAAGACGAAAUAUCUCGGCGGCGCUACGGCUGGCGAGCGAUUGCCAAGGCGCUUAAACCCUACACACCACCAAUGUUGUCUAUCAAGAGCUUACAGAUCCCGAAAUUGAGUGUGCAGGAAAAAUUGCAAAUCGCGCAACUGCCGUCUACGGUCGUCGCUCCCUACAGCGCUGUUCCCAUGUUGCAAGAGUACAUGCUGCUCAUGAUGUCUGUGCUGUCGAACCUUCAAAGUCCAUCGUCAGUGCAUACAUGCGAGCCAGCCUUGAAACUGUUUCCCAAGAUCUUGGAUGACCACAUUGUGUACGAAGCAUUUCGCUUGGUGUUUGACAACGAAAUGCGGGGACCGUUCAAGACGCCGAAUGAUCGCACUCAGCGGUUCUGCGACCUUGUACUUCGCAUGUGGCCAGCGUUUAUCGUCCCCAAGCCACGCAUUGCCGACGAAGAAACGAAAGAGUGCGAGUCCAAAGACGAUCGCGCCAAGCACAUGCAUAGCAUGGCCAAAGGAAAGUACGGCCUGCGAGACGUCAAGGAAACCAGCGUUCCAUUCCACGUUCGCGAAGUAUCGUUUCAACGACUGAUAUAACAAAUGAUUUUAGCUGGUGGAGAGAACCUGACUGUAAUCUUGUGAGGCCCACCAUUCAGCAAAUUAAGCACCAUGCAUUGCUUUCGCAAUACUACCG